CAAACAUUCAAACAUUGGGACAGACAAACAGACAGACAUCCAGAGAUACAUGCACCAUCGUAUGUAAAUGUAACAACAAACGGAACGAUGGAUGGAUUUCUUUCCUAGAAUUUAAACAGCUACGAGUACAACUACAAGAAGAGUUACACGGUUGUUGUAACAAAAUAAAGAAAAGAAAAAAAAUAAGAAAAUUAAAUGAAGUAAAAUAAAAUAAAACAAAACAAAAACAUAAAAUUAUUGCCAUAAUUGCAUGAGAGUUAAGUGAAAAUUAAAAGAAAAAUACACACAACAACAACAACAAAAAACCGAAGAAGAUUCCAAAACUCAAAUAAUAAAAGAAAAAAAACAAACAAGUGUUUCCAGAGUAACAACAAUCAACAUUGUUAAAGUCUUUGUUGCUGUUGAUAGUAGCGAUUUUUUUGUUGCAUUAAAUUAAUUGUUAAAUUGAUGAACAAGUUUUAUUUUUCUUAACAACUGUUUAACAGACAACAAACCAACCAACAAAACAAAACAGUAACAGCGUCAUAUCAACAUCCAGUUUAAAGAUUUGAUCGCUUCGCAUCUGUAGAUUAACUAACUAACAAUUCUUUUGAGAAUAAAAUUUAUUAAGGUCUCAGAUAGACAGACGGCAAAAAAACAAUAACAGACAACGUGUUUUCUGAUAUUCAAAAACAUCAGAAUUUUGAGCCUCGUUUCGAGAGCCUACAAUGGCAGUAUCCUGCCCUGAAGUUAUGUACGGUGCUUAUUAUCCAUAUUUAUAUGGCCGUGCUGGACCAAGUCGUUCAUUUUAUCAAUAUGAAAGAUUUAAUCAGGAUUUGUAUUCAUCAUCUGGUGUGCAAUUGGCAUCGUCCAGUGCAUCGGGCAGUUCACAUUCACCCUGCAGUCCUAUAUUACCGCCAUCGGUGAGUGCCAAUGCGGCGGCAGCUGCUGUGGCAGCAGCUCAUAAUACAGCAGCGGCAGUUGUGGCAGCCGCAGCACAAACAGCAAAUCAGGCCUCAUCAUCCUCUAGUUUAAGUGCAAAUUUACCUUUGAGUGCGGGCAGUAGCGGUAGUAGUGGGGCUGGCGGUGGAGGCGGCGGCAGCGGCUCUAUUGCUGUCGGCACAAAUGUUACGGGAGCUAUACAUGGCAGUGCGGGCGCAAGUCUGAUGGGCAGUAGUAUUGGCAAUACUCUACACAGUAGAACACAUACCAAAGAAGAGGAUCUGGGUGCGGUACCACGUAAUGAUGCUGAAGCACGUUUAGUGGGUGCUCAUCAUCAUAAUGAGUCGUCGUGUUCCUCGGGUCCAGAUUCUCCGCGCCAUCAUUCGAUGCAUCAAGGAGGUGGUGCCCAAGCAAAGGAUUUGCCCUUGGAUACCACCAGCAUAAAUGCUGGCCAAGGGAGAGCACAAUAUUUAUCAGCCACCUGCGUCGUUUUUACAAAUUAUUCCGGUGAUACAGCCAGCGUCGUGGAUGAACAUUUCUCACGGGCUCUCAAUUUCAACAACAAAGAAAGUAAAGAAUCAACCACACCAAUGUCUACUCGUAAUUUCCCACCUUCAUUUUGGAAUAGCAAUUAUGUGCAUCCUGUAACGGCAACGACACAUCCGCAGAUGAGCGAUUUGUAUUCAUCUGAAGGCGGUUAUGCAACAGAUCCUUGGGUACCCCAUGCAGCGGCUCACUAUGGGACCUAUGCACAUGCUGCCCAUGCUCAUGCGGCCCAUGCUCAUGCCUAUCAUCAUAAUAUGGCGCAAUAUGGAAGCCUCUUGCGUCUACCCCAACAGUAUGGCCACAGUUCAAGACUGCAUCAUGACCAACAGACCGCCCAUGCGUUAGAAAGUGCUGCUGCGUAUUCCAGUUACCCCACAAUGGCUGGUCUAGAAGCUCAAGUUCAAGAGUCCUCUAAAGAUUUAUAUUGGUUUUAAGGAUUAUUCAUAACAAGCACAGACUUGAAAAAAAGGACAUCCUAAAACAAACAAAUGAAAAAACAAAAGACAGACAGGAAUAUUAACGAACUGACACACUCAAAAAGGUUUUGUGGAUAAACAGAAAAACAAGCAAAAAAAAAAAUAGUUAAAUACAUAAAUAAAAAAUAAAAACAAUUUGAAUUUAAAAGGAAACAUAAAAACAACUAAAGUAUUUCAAAGGAUUUGUAAUUAAGUAAAAAAAAUUCUUAUUUAAUAAAUCAAAAAAUGUGCAACAAUUUUUAGAUUUAGUUUAAAAUAAAUUCUUUCUGAUGGGUUGUUUUUAUUUAUUUAAUUUUUUCUAUUAUGUAUUUGAAAUUCUUUAACAAAUUUAAGAUUAAUAAAAAUCAUUUCUUUCAACUCAGAAAACAAAAUAAAAAACUAAAACUAAAACAAAC